UUAUACGAUUCCUUUGUCGAAAUAGUUGUGCGUGCAUUGAGUUAUUAGUGAGAAUAGAAUGCACAAUCAAAGUGGAAUUUCGAAACUCAUCACUCUUUCACUUCACACUGACUUGAAAUAGUUUGGGGAAGUGGAACAGUUGAGUGUUGACCUGACAUUGACUACAUUCUUUCUUCUUCCUCAAAAUCUCUCUGUCAUCGUCAUCGUCAUCGUCAUCGUCAUCGUCAUCAUCAUCAUCGGAAAGUAAAAAUAAGUUAGCACUGAACAUGGGUAAAAGUAAAACAAUUGAGUUGUAUGGAUUCCCUUCUUUUGUGAACGUGUCUCAAGUAAAGAUAUUUGUAGAGCAUUAUACCGGUGAAGGAAGUGUGGUUGCUAUGAAGAUUAGAGUAGGCAAUGGCCGGGUUAAAAGAGCAUUUGCAAUUAUUCAGUUCACUACUGCAAAACAUGCUACAUUCAUGAUGGCCUUACCUAGCAGAACAAAAUUGCGGUUCGGAGACUCCUAUUUAAAAGUUAGGGAAUUGGAAAGAGAUAUUGAUCCAAAGCCAAGGGCAUUCUUGGACAGUUUAGACGAUGUUAAACUGUAUUUUGGCUGUCAGAUCUCAAAGGAAAGAUUCUCUAAAUUAUGGAAGGUGGAUGCUAGUGUAGAUUUUGGGAUUGGUAUGAGAAAGUGGCGAUUCUCUAUGCACCAUGAAAAUAAGAAGUUCAAACUUGAGCUUUCGUAUGAGAAUAUUUGGAAGAUUGAGCUGCAUCAACCACAGGGUAAAACUGCAAAGUAUCUAUUGAUUCAGUUAAUUGGUGCUCCUCGUGUUUUUGAGUGUAAUGUUCCUACAUCAACAAGUGUAUAUAAAGAUCCUUUGAAGAACUAUUACAGAGAUUCCCCUGAUGACCAAUGGAUCCGUGCGAUAGAUUUCACUCCUUGCAACUGUAUUGGGCAGUCUUCCGCUAUAUGUCUAGAGCUUUCUAGUAACAGAGAUUUUCCGAAUUUCAAGGAAAACUGUGUUCAUUAUGAGGAAAUCGAGGGUCAAUACACAUUGGAGAGCGGAUCAUCUUUUUCUUGCAAUCCGGAUGUUGUCCCCAUGGUUGCUCCUCCUCAAGGAAUUCAAAUACCAUUUGACAUCUUGUUUAAAGUUAAUUCCUUGGUUCAGCACGGGUGUCUUUCAGGUUCUGAACUUGAUAAUGAUUUCUAUCGUCUAGUUGAUCCACUCGGAAUAAAUGUUGAGCUUAUCAAGCAUGCUUUAGAAAAGAUGUACUAUUCAAAGGAUUUCUGUUAUGAACCUGCCAGAUGGCUGAAAGGUCAGUACAGAAGGUACCUCCGUGCAAAUAAUCCGCCUCGGUCACCGACUAUAUCUUUGGAUAACGGGUUGGUAUAUGUUCGCAGGGUUCAGAUAACACCAUGCAAAGUAUACUUUUGUGGUCCAGAGAUUAAUGUCUCAAAUCGGGUUCUCCGUCAUUUCCAUCAACAUAUUGAUAAUUUUCUACGUGUUUCAUUUGUCGACGAGGAGUUGGAUAAUAUGUACUCAGCCGAUUUAUCUUCACGUAUUUCUGAGAAUGGGAGAACUGAGAUAUACUAUAGAAUUCUUUCCAUCCUUAGAAAUGGCAUAGAUAUUGGUGGUAUGAAGUUUGAAUUUCUAGCUUUCUCAUCAAGUCAGUUGCGUGAAAACUCGCUAUGGAUGUUUGCUCGUACAACAACUGGGCUUACUGCCGAUUCCAUAAGGGAAUGGAUGGGAGAUUUUAGCCGUAUAAAAAAUGUGGCUAAAUAUGCUGCUAGACUUGGACAAUCUUUUGGUUCGUCUACCGAAACUCUAAGCGUCCGAAGGAACGAAAUUGAAAUUAUUCCUGACGCGAAGGUUAAACAUGGUGCAACCGAAUAUGUCUUCUCUGAUGGAAUCGGAAAAAUAUCUCUUGAACUUGCCAGGAGGGUGGCUAAAAAAUGUGGUCAUGAUUCAGUGCCAUCUGCGUUUCAGAUUAGGUAUGGCGGGUACAAAGGAGUCGUAGCUGUUGAUCCAACCUCGUCUGUGAAGUUGUCACUGAGGAAGAGUAUGCACAAGUAUGAUUCAGAUAACAUAAAAUUGGAUGUUCUGGCAUGUAGUAAGUUUCAGCCUUGUUAUCUCAAUCGACAAUUGAUUACUCUCUUAUGUACUCUUGAUGUCAAGGACAGUGUUUUCGAGAAAAAACAAAAAGAAGCUGUUACUCAACUGAACACGAUACUAACAGAUUCAACUAAGGCACAUGAGGUUUUGGACUUGAUGUGUUCCGGUGAAGUCACUAAUAUUCUCAAGGAGAUGCUUAUCUGUGGCUACAAGCCUGAUGUUGAGCCAUUUCUUUCAAUGAUGCUGCAGACAUUUAGGGCAUCAAAGUUGUUGGAAUUGCGACAAAAAACUAGGAUAUUUAUUCCAAAAGGAAGAGCAAUGAUGGGAGUUCUAGAUGAAACUAGAACCUUAGAAUAUGGGGAAGUUUUUGUUCAAUAUUCUAGCAAUAGGUUCAGCAGUCAUUCUCGUGUAGUUAAGGGUAUGGUCAUAGUAGCGAAAAAUCCCUGCUUGCACCCGGGCGAUGUUCGUGUUUUGAAAGCCGUGGAUGUGCCUGCUUUGCGCCACAUGGUGGAUUGUGUUGUUUUUCCUCAAAAAGGUCACAGGCCACAUCCAAACGAGUGUUCCGGAAGUGAUCUAGAUGGGGACAUCUACUUUGUUUGUUGGGAUUCUGAAUUGAUUCCACCCUUGACAAUUGAUCCAAUGGAGUAUGAUUCUGCCCAACCUAUUGUAUUGGAUCAUGAUGUUGAGAUUGAGGAGGUGGAGGAGUAUUUCACCAAUUAUAUACUCAAUGACAGUCUCGGAAUAAUUGCCAAUGCACACACAGUCUUUGCAGAUAAAGAACCUGCUAAAGCAAUGUCUGAGCCAUGUAUCGAGCUUGCAAAGCUAUUCUCAAUAGCAGUUGACUUUCCAAAGACUGGUAUCCCAGCCGUUAUACCUCGUGAACUUUUCGCCAAAGAAUAUCCAGAUUUCAUGGAGAAGGCUGACAAAACAACAUACAAAUCAGAUAAUGUAAUAGGAAAACUGUUUAGGGAAAUUCAAGGAAUUUCAACAAAGGACGGCUCCAUUACAUCCUUCACACUGGAAGUGGCUAAAAAGUCAUAUGAUCCCGACAUGGAAGUUGAUGGAUUUAUGGAUUAUGUCGAUGAUGCCUUCUACUACAAAUCCAAUUAUGAUGAGAAGUUGGGAAAUCUGAUGGACUACUAUGGUAUCAAAACUGAAUCAGAAAUCCUCAGUGGGAAUAUUAUGAAAAUGGCUAAAUCUUUCACCAAAAGAAGGGAUGCGGAUGCUAUUACUAUGGCUGUUAGGUCCCUAAGAAAAGAGGCGAGGAGUUGGUUCAAUGAUGGCAGUGCCAGUGUUGAUUCUGGAAGUGAUGAUGCAUAUGCAAAAGCUUCUGCUUGGUACUAUGUUACUUACCAUCAUAGUUACUAUGGUUUGUACAAUGAAGGUAUGCAGAGGGACCAUUUUCUAAGCUUUCCAUGGUGUGUUUACCAUUUGCUUGUCCAAAUCAAGAAGGAGAAAGCCAGAAUGAGGAUGCAUUCGAGCAUAGAACAAAGUUUCAGUUGCAGGUUGCGUCUUGAUUGACAAAUCAGCUUAUAAUUAUUGAACUUUAAAUGUAGAUAUUUUUGGAAAUAUUGUGACAUAUAAUGUUGAGUUGAUAUACAAGUUUCAUCAACAAUUUCCUUUGUAUAUUAUAUUAUGAAGCAAACUCGUUUGUG